AGCGGGAGCGUUUCUUUUGCAGCGGGCGCCAGGUUGCAGAUCCUGGGUGGCUAAAAAAAAAAAAAAAGCCGCUGCGUCGGGCUUUGCUUUGCGGGGCGGCGGCUGCUGCGGGUGGUGGAGGAAGAGGCGGCCUCGGGGCGGGGAUUGCCGGCUUCCUCGGCCUGCAACCUUCCCGGAGGGGCGGUGGAAAAGCUGGGCUUUCUGGGGGGGAGCCUUGCAGCCGUCGGUGGGCGCCCGCUUGGCGAUUUGGACGCUUCCCAUGGACACCACUCCCCCGAUCCCAGAUCCCGGGGGUCCCCGAAGGGAUUUUACCACCUCGGCUUCGGAGGUGGGCCCUCCCUCCUUCGAAUGGCUGCUGGGACGUCUGGGGGCCCGGGGCCAACAUCGGCAGCGCCUUCUGCUGGCUCUCAGCUGUCUCCCCUGCGUCCUCGUGGGUUUGGCCUUGGGUUCAGAUGCCCUCUUUGCUCUCACCCCUCUGCAUCGCUGCGGGGACCGCAACGGCACCAAGCUGCUCGAUAAUGCCACCUGUCAUGGCCCCCAUGGUCAAAGUGGGGAGUCUGGGGGACUCCCCAUCCUCACCAGCAACCCAGUGACGGAGUGGUCCCUGGAUCAUUCCGGAAGCUGGGUGAUCCCUCUGGAGCAGAUUUGUUUCCUCCUGGGCUUUGCUGCAGGUGCCGUUUUCCUGGGUCACCUGGCGGACAGCGUAGGGCGACGGAGUACCUUCCUCCUGGCUCUGGCUCUCGGCUGCCCAGCGGGCCUCCUGGCAGCCUUCGCGUCCUCUCCCUCCGUCUUCAUCUUGGGCCGCUGCCUGUGGGGCACGAUGCUGGGCGCCAUGCAACUCGCCCUUUACGUUACCCGUUUGGAGUGGUGUUGUCCUUCGCAACGGCUACCGGUAGCCAUGGCUGGAGACCUCGUCCAGGUGGGAGGACACUUCCUCCUCCUGGGUCUGGCGUGGAUCUGCCGCAGUUGGCGGGUUCUGCAAGGGGUGAUCUCAGCCGGAAUGGGGGUUUGCCUGCUCUAUGGCUGCCCACGGUUGUACCCUGAAUCUCCCCGUUGGCUCUUGGCCACCCGUCGAACAGGUCAGGCCAAAGAUGUCUUGUUAGCCCUGUGCCAAGAUGGCAACGCCCAGGAACCCGAGACCCGGGAGGCCCUGGAUGAGCUGGACAACACUUGUCAUCUGCCAGAAGCUGCCCAGAUCUCACUCCGCUCCCUCCUGUCCUGCAGGAACAUCUGGAAAAACAUUCUGAUCCUUGGGUUUACCACAUUCAUAGCCCACGCGAUCUGCCACUGUUACCAGCAGGCCUGGGAAUCCAUGGAGGACCCACGCGCCAAGUUCUACUUCCCCUUCCUGUUGUCGGCUGGCAGUGCCGGUCUCGGGUGCCUCUUUUUGUGCCUCACCGUACACCGGUAUGGACGUCGCGGGAUUUUGCUCCUCACAACCACCCUGACCGGCAUCUCCUCUCUGAUCCUGCUGGGGCUGGGAGAAUAUCUCAACAACGCGGCCCGAAGAACGUUUUCCAUUCUCGGACUCUUCACUUCCCACGCAGCCGGCUCCCUCAGCAUCUUAUUUGCUGCGGAAGUCAUCCCCACCGUGAUCAGAGGGAAGGGUCUCGGCAUCACGCUGGCCUUGGCCUCUCUCGGAGGGCUGAGCGCCCCGCUGUUGCGAGUGCGAGAACAGCACGGCUCCUUCCUCGAACACAUCGUCCUGGCCUCCCUCAACAUCCUGGCCUUGCUUUGCCUCCUCUUGCUGCCCGAGACGAAACGCAAACCCUUGCCCGAAGGCUUGCAGGAUGGCGAACUUUACCGGAGGCCUUCACUGCUCCGACGGGCCGGCGAGUCCGCGGGCCGGGACUCCCACGGCGUGACACGGCGAGACGACGUCCCGUUGCUCUCGACUCCAAAUCCCGCCAGCUGAUGCCACGGCGGACUCGUUUUUGACCUCGACAGGUGGGCUCAUCCAGCGAACGCAAGAGCCGAAUGGAGGCCAGGAGAGAAAAAAUAUAUCAAAUUUUGGCUUUUUCUGCUUCUGAUGUUGCACGAAAGGAGUUGCUUCAUCUCAGCUGCACCAGCAGCACAAACUCGUUUAUUUAAACGGACGGACUAAAUUGGAAAACUAGGAUUCCUAGCUAGUUGCCCCAAAAUUAGCUAGAGCAGUUUUCUUUUUUUUUUCGACCUCGGACCACUUGAAGAUGUGCGGAUUUUCAACUCUUAAAUGCCUUUUUAAAAAAAAUUUGCAUUGCGAACUUCAGGGUAGUUGUGUGGGUUGUUUUUUUGUCUUUCACUUCCUUAGUAAUUAAAGUAAUUAUGUUAAUUUUCAUUCCUUUUCAUUAGGGCGGAUAAUAAUCUAUGCCCUUGGGUGUCCUGCCUUGAAAAUAACAGAAAUUAAAUAACAGACAAAAUAGAAAAAAAAAAAAAAG